AUGACUGAAGAAGGUUACGAAGAGCGACUUAUAAAUGAGGAAUAUAAAAUCUGGAAAAAGAAUACGCCAUUCUUAUAUGACAUGGUCAUGACACAUGCUCUUGAAUGGCCUAGUUUAACGGUGCAGUGGCUUCCAGACGUACAGAGAUUGGAGGGAAGCGAUUAUACAACGCAUCGUCUCAUUUUAGGAACUCACACUUCGGAUGAACAGAACCAUUUAGUUUUAGCGAAAUUACUAUUACCAACAGAUGAUGCACAGUUUGAUGCUGCUAAAUAUGAUACAGAAAAAGGAGAAUUUGGUGGCUUUGGCUCCAUUACUGGAAAAAUUGAUGUUGAAAUAAAAAUGAAUCAUGAAGGCGAGGUUAAUCGUGCUCGAUAUAUGCCUCAGAAUCCAGUUUUAUUAGCUACAAAGUCUCCUAACAGUGAGGUAUUUAUCUUCGACUACACUAAACAUCCAUCACUUCCUAACCCCACUGAUAACAUUUGCAAGCCUCAGUUACGUUUACGCGGUCAUACUAAAGAAGGAUAUGGUUUGUCAUGGAAUCCUAAUCUGUCAGGUCAUUUACUUUCUGCCUCUGAUGAUAUGACAGUUUGUUUAUGGGAUGUACAAGCAGCUACUGCGCAACAGAAUUUCCUCGAUGCAAAAACGAUUUUCAAUGGCCACAAUGCAGUUGUGGAGGAUGUCGCUUGGCAUGUAUUACAUGAGGCAGUAUUUGGUUCAGUUGGCGAUGAUCGUAAACUCAUGAUUUGGGAUACUCGAAACAACACUUCAAAUAGACCCAAUCAUGCAGUGGAUGCUCAUUCGGCAGAAGUGAAUUGUUUAUCAUUCAAUCCAUAUUCAGAGUUUAUUUUAGCAACUGGAUCAGCUGAUAAGACAGUAGCCUUAUGGGAUUUAAGAAAUCUCAAAUUGAAAUUGCAUUCUUUUGAAUCUCAUAAAGACGAAAUCUUCCAAGUUCAGUGGUCACCACAUAAUGAAACAAUUUUGGCAUCAUCUGGUACAGAUCGACGACUACAUGUUUGGGACUUAAGUAAAAUAGGUGAAGAACAAACACCCGAAGAUGCGGAAGAUGGUCCUGCUGAAUUGCUUUUUAUUCAUGGUGGACAUACUGCUAAGAUUUCGGACUUUUCUUGGAAUCCUAAUGAACCAUGGGUUGUUUGCUCUGUAUCAGAGGACAAUAUUAUGCAAAUUUGGCAGAUGGCUGACAAUAUUUACAAUGAAGAAGAUACUGAUGCAGUAGCGGAUCAAAUGGAUCGUUGA